UAAAACAAUUAAAAUGAUUCGAAGGCAAACAACAUGUUUUUGGUGCACGCCUUGCACAUUCUGAAAAACGAAUGAAAAUGUGAUUCGUUUGAGAAGUGAAAUAAAAGAAAAUGUGUACAUAAAAACCAAGGACUGUGUGUGUGCGUGUUUGUUUGUGUUUCCCUAUUUUAAUGAAUAUGUGUGAAUCCUCGAGAACAGAACGCUUUCUGGUUACAAAUUAAACAUUGCAAAUGAAAAUUGAGUCGUCCAGAUUUAAAAAUAGCAAAGAUUAUAUUAAGGAGUUUGGGUCUUAUUUUCACAGCUUACUUUCCUUCGCUUUGAGACUGUGUGAGUGAAUUGUCGUCGCGCUGCGCCGUGUAUGUAUUCAGAAAACGUCUCAUUUGGUGUAUAUGUAUGUACAUCAAUGCAUACAUACGUAUGCACUCGAAUAUGUUUGCCGUCAAGUUUUUAUUAACGAAAGAGAGAAAAGGUGACGACUGGAGUCCAAGGGUAAAUCGCACAAGAACACUAGCACUAGGCCGUAAAUUCCAAUUUUGUGCUAAAAAGUCCUGGUCAAAGCUUAACUAAUUACUUUCACUACUACUCCAUGCUCCUGAGUCAGGUUACUUGACAACAGCCCAUUUUUUAAGCGAUAAUCCAAAGAUGGAGCAAGAUACACAUCGGCAUGUGCCGACGCAGCCAAUAGUUUAAUCGCAGUAAAACAAAAACCAUUAAGGCGGUCGCAAUUUACAUACACACAACAUAUAUAGAUCACUUAAGCAAUAUAUUCACAUUGAACAUAGCUAACAGUGCUAACAGAAUGCCAGAGCGGGAAAAGGAGUUGCAUGCGACUUUUAUCUGGACCACGCCACAGUCACAGACCCAGAAAAAGCCACUGGUAGAAGCCAAAGUUUGCAACGCCUGGCAAUCAUCCGUGCCAUGUUACAAUAAGCCUCAGUUAAGUCGCCACAAACGUCAGAGUUGCUUGGCUUUGAAAAAAGAGCUGGCUGAGCCACAGAAACUUCAGGAGGCGAGAGGAAGAGAUCUUGCUACACAAAAUUUCAAUAAGUGUCAACAGGAGCAGCGGGUACGGCCAUACACUGGUUAUCCAUUGAACAUUAAGCUAUACAUGCCAACGACUACGAGAAUGCCAAGUGUUCGAAGUCGAAAUCAGGCAAUAACGACAACGACCACCAUUAACCAACCAGCUAUGCAUCGAAAGUCGAAGAGCAAAAGCAAGAACAUUGCAAACAGCACGUUUUUGACGUUGCAUUUCAAAAACUCGUCGAAGCAGCAGAGAUCUGUUACAGCGGCUACAGUGGCUCAAGCAGGAGCAGAUAUCGAACCAGAUAGGAAAACAGUAACAGGAUUAUGUGCGAAUAGAAUGUUAAAGCAAGAUCAACGUCAAGAUCCCGAUAUCAAGAAGGCCACCCGAAGAGUUCAUAAUAACGUUUAUACCAAGAAUAAAAACCACUCCUCACCCUCAUCGCUGGUGCGAUGCAAAAUGUUAAUUCCUCUGCCCACAUUAGGCGCUACAUCGUUCGUCACUUUGCUCACGCUGAUCUGCAUAGAAACCGUUUUGCUGUCCACCAUGUCCAGCUGCGCCAAAACCUUCUACAUGCAUUGGAAUACAUCGAACAGCAUAUUUCGUAUAGAUAACACCGACCACAUAAUUGAUGUCAACAAAGGCAACCUGGCUUUCGAAUUUGAUCAGGUGCACAUAAUAUGUCCAGUGUACGAGCCGGGGACAUUUGAAAACGAAACGGAAAAAUAUAUAAUAUACAAUGUGUCUAAAGUGGAGUACGAAACAUGUCGCAUAACAAAUGCAGAUCCAAGAGUAAUAGCUAUAUGUGAUAAACCCCAAAAAUUAAUGUUUUUUACAAUAACUUUCCGGCCAUUUACACCGCAGCCAGGUGGCUUGGAGUUCCUACCUGGAAAUGAUUAUUACUUCAUUUCAACUUCAUCGAAAGACGACUUGUAUCGACGCAUUGGGGGUCGUUGCUCCACAAACAAUAUGAAAGUUGUGUUCAAGGUUUGUUGUGCCACCGAAGAAAAGAACAAAACCACACAAACCAACACCAAUGUUGCUGUGGCUGGCGGAGACACAGGGGGAGGCAACAGUGUCAUUAUCGCGGCCAAUGAGGACAGUCAUGGACCUGUCCACGGACACAAUACUGGUGCCGGAAACACCUUUGGAAUAAGCGGCGUCAACGGAGGUCUCUCGGGGGGACAACCCUCAGUGGGAAUAGCCAUACAUCCAAAGAAUGGCAACAAUGGCCCAGGAACCUCGAUCAAUACGAACAUCGAUCAGUUCAACCGGAUACCGAUUCAACCUAACAUUAUGGGUAAUAAUGUUGGCUCUAGCGGCGUUGGUGGUGGAAUUGUUUUGUCGCCUGGUCAUGGUCAUGGUAGCAUCAACAUGCUGCCACCUGGCCGAGGUGGGGUAAAUGCUGCAUACCCGGGACAUCACCACAUUCAAACUGGAAUACGGAUAAACAAUGUGCCAACGCAGCACAGUUAUCCAUCGCACAAGGGGAAUGUCAAUGGCAACUCUAACGGUAAUGAUGAUCACCAUCAUUACGACAAACAUCCCAACGAGGUUGUGAAGAACGAAGAACUUACAUACAACAGUGGUUCGGCGGUUGCAGGUAGAAAUAACUUCAGCACUUGGAACUGGCUAUGCACCUGGCUGCCACUGCCUUUCCCUUUAGCCGGCUGCACGUCUACCAAUUGGAUAAGUUCAUCGUUGGUCAGCGCUUUUGCAAUCCUGGCAGUGCACCAAGUAAUUCGGAUAUCAUUGCCCACCCACCGCUGCCGCCCAGAAAAUAUGGCAACCAGUGACUCCUCCAGUAAGAGCUGCCUAAUUACCAACAUCCACGGCAAUCGGUGAAUUUGUUCAGAACACUCGUUGUCCCGUUCCGCCCUGAAACAUUUAUUUUAAUCAAAAAAAUUAAUUUUUCCAAUUUUACAUUCGUCUUAAUAUGCGAAGUAUGAAAAUAUAAAUUUUGAUGCGAAGUCACUGACUUCGAAGGGGUGAGAUUGUAUUUAUUGAUUUUCUAAUAUAAUUGAUUCGAAUCAUAGUGAUUCGAAAUUAGAACAGAAAGAAAGGAGAAAGGUGAAAUAGAAUUCAUAAGUAAACCAAUUAAUUAUUUCAAUCGUAUUAAAACUAAGACGUAGUAAUGUAGUUUUAAAUGAUACCGAUUAAGUAAAUAAUGGAGAUCGGCAACAAUUGAGAGUAAGUGCAGUACAAUGGGCCAGGUAUACAUAGCACUAGCUAUAUAGCUAAAUGCAUAUAUACACCGUCACGUGCCUAGCGACUAGCCACGAUGUCUACACCAUCGAUCCUCGUCGAUGUUGUGCUCUUUUCUGUUUGUAAAAUUGCAUUAUGUUGUAAGCUCACACAAAUCACAGAAUCAUCCAAGCUUAUGGCAAUGUAAAAGACACGAAGUUCAGACAAACAGACCACAAAAACAACGUGGCUUGGAAAUUGGAUUUACAUAAACACUCUGAAUCCCAUGCAUAUUUACAUUCACCAAACCACACAUUUACUCCUCGUGCAAGAACCUGCACGUUGGGCCUUUCGACUGAAAUUAUAACAAUAUUUAUUAGAAUACGUUUAUAUAGAGGACGUGUAGAAAAUUAGCGAGUAAGGUAUCCAAAGGCAGCUUAAUGGUAAUGCAUUAGCAGAUGAUGUCCGCGUAUGUAAUGAUAAGUGAAACAACUCACGUAUGUGUAUGUAUGUUUCAUAUGCAUUUAUGUAUAUUAACAUUCGUGCUAAGUAUUUUGAAUAUGGUAAAGGUGAAAUUCAAAGAACUCAAUUGUAAAUUUUAAGCUCUCUUUAAGUUUUGUUUUUAUUUGAUGUUUACUUUUUGAAAUCAUCAUUUUUUGAAAUCAGAAUUUUAUUUUGUAAAUGAACCAAUCAGUAUAGUGAAGUGUUUCUUCAAUUAAAAAAAAAUAUAUGUGUAUAUUUAUGCAUAUAGUAUACAUGUGUACUUAUUUAUAUACAAAACAAAUGUUUAGGUGAAACGUUAUAGACUUUGUAUAUUGAAUAAAACAAAAAACUUAAAAACAAAUAAAUCAAGGAAGUAACAAAAAGAUCGUAUAAAAUAAAAAAUAUAUUGAUGCAUCGUGUGUGAAAGUAACGAGAUUUAAAAUUUAUAUUACAUGAGCAUUAAAGAAUUCGCAUAAUGUACCAGAUAAGUGAACAA